GUUUUCCAAUUCAUGAAACGGAUAGGAGAUCCGGUGUUAAUUUGCGAGUUUAAUAAUACAAUCAUACUGUAAUAUAAACUAUGUCUGCUUUAAAGAUCUGCUGAAGUCUAAAUGGCGAGAAAUUCGUUAUUAAAUGUUUUCAUCGUUUUGUGUUUACUCAAAGUUUUUCUCACGGAUUCUCAAACAGUGACGCCAGGUUCAUGCAACGCCCCUCUGACGUCAUCGUUACGUGAUGACCAGUUUACGGCGUCCUCUCAUUACUCCGACGGCAAACACAAUGCUACCGCCGCCAGAUUUAACAGCGUUGGUUGGAUAGCGUCCAGUAGUGCGACCCAGCAACCCUACGAGUACUUGCAGGUGGACUUUGACGUCACAAUGCAGCUGACGUCCCUGAACUUCACAGGCGCCAAUAAUGGAUGGUACCCACGUGCUAUCAGGUUGUCGUACAGCGACGAUGGAAUAUUCUGGCGACCUUACACAGGGCGGCUGUCCACGGACAGUCUCGGGCAGCUCCUACCUCGGACCGCGGCUGUCACAUUCGUCAACCUUGACCCGCCCAUACUGGCUCGGCGAUUGGCUGUUAACGUGGUGGAGAGAUCAGGCUACUCUUCGCUGCGCAUGGAGUUGUUCGGUUGUCAGGCAACAAGUCAAGUCCCGUUCCGCGCCGGUACAGUCGUCAACCAGGAUAUCCAGGUUGACACGACAUGGAUUCCAAACCAGAACCCAUUCAUAAUUGACCGACACCUGAUCGUCCGACCAGGCGUCACUUUAACGCUCCAAGCUGGCGUCAACGUCGUCUUCAAAUCUGCAGAGGUCGGCAUUGACGUCUUCGGUACGCUUGUUACAGAGGGGCUGACGGGUUUGCGAACGGUGUUUUCCUCUACCUUCCCCGUUAUUGCGCGGCCUUCAAUGUGGCCUGGGAUGUCACAAGGAGCAGGGGGAAAUAUAACUCUACGCUAUUCGUUGGUCCGGCAGGCUGUACAUGGUAUAAGCGGCAACGGCAGCCACAUCCGGCUGAUGAAUACUGAAGUGCAUUCAUGUACGGCUGGUAUUAGACUGGCUGGUGGUGUCGGUGAAUCACAUGCACAACCGAUUUUGUUCGACAUCAGUGUCCACACUAACGAAUACGGCAUACAGCUACAUGGCAACGUAGAAGCACCCACUGUCUACAUUGAAAACUCGAACGUUGACCGCAAUAGCCGCAGCGGAAUAACAGUCUCAAACUGGGCUUCAGUGGACCCUUCGAUGAUAAGUACCAAUUUUAUAAUGUCAAACUCCAGUGCUAACAAUAACUCCGACUAUGGCCUACAAGAAACACUAAAACUUCCAAUCAAUAUAAGCGUUCAUGAAUCGUCCUUUAUCGGGAACGACGAUGGUGGUAUUUACUUUUACCAUUACUAUCCAUACACAUACACAGACGCAUAUAAGGUAGUACUUAAUGUGACUUCUUCCGUGUUUACCGACUCGGGGUUUGGCAUAUACUCCUACUGCUAUCGAUGCUACUUAUAUAAGUAUGCCCUAAAGAACAACUCCUUCUCAAGGCUACAGCAGUCAGUCUACAUGUAUGCUGUUGACCUCGACGGGCAGCACAGAGAAACUGCGACCAUAGCUAACAAUGUCUUUACAUUGAACACAAAAGACUUGCAUAUCGACAAUUGGAAAGGCAACGUGUCGGUAACUCGUAACUCAUUUGAAGGAUCAUACGAGACUGUAAGAAUUCAAGAUUCUUCCGGAUUGGACACGUCCGCAGUUGCGGUGGUUAGUGGAAACACAUUUAAACAACUGACAUGGUCACGGUCAACAUUCGGUAUCUACAUUCAAAAUGUCCGAGGAAAAUUGUUGAACAACACAUUCCUUAACUGUUCUUCGAGCACCCUUGUAAAUCUUGCAAACAGGUAUGACCAUGAAGUGAGGUUCAACAGGUUUAUCAACACUUCCAGUGUGUCGUGUUUCCUGCACACAGACGAGAAAUACAAUCACAGCAAAAUGCUUAUUGCAGACCAGAAUUACUGGGACACUGCAGAUAUAACGCGGGUGAAAUCAAAAGUCUGUGACUUCUUUCUGAACUCGGAGAAAUCGAUCAUUUCCAUAAACUCAAUUUAUAACGGCGCAGAUCUGACGACUCUUGUUCACACCCCAAAUCUGGACAGUUUUAUAUACACUUGGGAUUUAGGCAUGAAUGCCUUUGUUGUUGGCGGUGUGAUAUCUACUGUUGCUAGCAUUCCAACGCUUACAGACAUAGACGUGGUUGUAAAUAGAAGUGUUAUUGUUCUGCCUGGCGCUCAAAUCACCAUGACAGGAGUAGCAGUCAACUUCACAGACGACCGAGGAGUGAUCGUAAGAGGCAACAUGAAGAUUGAAUCCAGCUCAAAUAGGAUAUCGAUAUUCAGGAGACAUUUAAAGAACGAUUGGAACGGGAUCAAGCUCUUUGAUACCGAUUUCAUUGCAAUCAACACAGAAUUCUCAGGCGCGGUCUCGGCCAUAUCUAUUGAAGGAAAUGUUAGCUUUAUUUGUACCAAUUGCUCUACUGGCGUAGCACAGAUUACCAGAUUCAUCUAUGCAUAUGAGCAUUACGGCUAUGCCAAUGUGUCUCUUGUACAGUGCAACUUGUCUGCCAACAGUCAGAUUGUUCAAAUGUCCACUGGGGCAUUUUCUUCCAUUAAAAUUUAUGUAAUUGAUAGCAUUCUGCAAAGUAGUCAGAAUGUGGUAGAUUUACAAGAAAGAUCGUCGGAUUCGAAAGCUCAUGCUGUUGAAGUAGCUAUACAGAAAAGCAAUUUGUUCUCAAGCGGAUAUGAUGUUAUUAAUAUACGGGGAUGUGCAUAUGUUUUAAACUUUACAUUGAAACAGUCUGUCGUUUCAUCUACCCGCUACAGGAAUAUAAUAUACUUAAAUGUGCCCUCAAUUGAUCUUGAAGCAAGCGGAAAUAAUUUUGUUGAUUUCUCCAAUGCCAUAUACAUCUAUUUCUGUAAAGCACUUUCAGACAAGGACAUUCCUUUAAAUUCAACAAUCAACAACUUGAUAAAUAUUGAAGCAAAUACAUUCAACAGCACAAAUCCGGGUAGCGACAUUUACCUUUACAGCUAUUACGGAUAUGAAAGAAACCAUACCAUUGAGAUAAGAAAAAACGUUGUAAAUCCAACAGUCCCUGUUCAGAGAAAAUUCUUACAGACGUUUCUACAGUACCAGUACGCCCAUACACUUUUGCUUUCAUCAAACACAAUCUCUAAGCUACUGGACACUGUUUUGGAUAUUAGCACCAGAUUUAUUGAAGUUAACAUUACAAAUAAUACCUUUUCGAACAAUUUAGUGUGCAUUCUAUAUCGAGGAACACCAUGGAGAUAUUUCAAAGGCCUUAACAUUUUAAAUAACAAUUACAUUAACAAUUCUGCUGCUGAUGGGAUUGUUCAGAUACAAGCGGAAAAUUUUUGGGAUUCCCGUGUUGAACUGUCUUACAAUAAUUUUGAAAACAACACGGAAACCGUGAUAACUAUACAGACAGUAAACAUAAGCAUGGCCUUUAAUUUCUUCGAAAAUCCGAAUGCAAAAUUUAACCUGAAAGCAAACGCUAUUGCAAGUUACGCAGCAAAGAACGUUAUUGUGAAUGCAUCCCUCAACUUUUGGGGAAGCGAUGAUCCAAAAGAAAUAGAGAAGACACUAUUUGAUGCUGACUAUGAUGACACGUUGUUGGAUGUAAUAUACCGACCAUAUCUGGGAUCAAAAAAUAUAUCGGAUAUCCAGAACAGAGAAAUCAGUUUCAUUUCUGGGAAUCGAAUAGGAGGACUGGUAGAGGGGAAUGUGACAUUAGUGUUAACCGGAAGUCCAUACACUGUCGUUUCUAACAUUGAAGUUGGCACUAAUGAUACAUUGGAAAUCGAGGCAGGAGUUGUCCUACGAUUCAAAUCUGAUAUCGGCAUUAUUGUAUAUGGCCAAAUGGAUGUUCUUGGUUCUCCGGAAGCUUUCAUAGUCAUGGACAUGGAUGCAUUCGAAUCACCAUGGAGGGGAAUUGACUUCUCGGCUUCUGAGAAAGAGUCACGCGUACAAUAUUUAAUAGUUAAUAAUACGAAGGAAGGAAUAAAAACAACAUCUUUCACUUUCCUGAAAAACGUGACGUCUUUGAACUCGGAUUCUUCUGGAAUUCAGAUAUCCUUAACGGAUUCUUUGAGCUCAACAUUAUCAACAACAGCUUCGGAGUUGACGGCCGUUAAUUGCUCUAGAGGAAUUGUCAUAGUAGGUCAACCUACAAACAUGUCUUCACUCACAAUAACCUCUUGUAUGGUGUUAAAUAAUUCCUUAUACGGCAUUGAAGUAGAGACAAGCGGAAAUGUUACUUUAAACAGUUGCAUUAUAAAAAACAACACAAUGUCAGGAUUAAAACUUAAUAUGCAGAAAUACGGCAGACUGAGUCUCCACAAGUGUGACGUAAAGAACAAUUCGAAACGAGCCAUAGAGGGCACUGUUACUGGUGGCCUUAGUAUUGAUAAGUGUAACAUUUCCGACCACAUCAUUGGAUAUUACAACUAUUGGCGAAAUUGGGUUACUGACAAGUUCAUUGACAUCCUUGUCAACUGUCAAUUGGGUGAAAGUUUUGUUUUUAUAACAAAUUCUCUUUUCUUGAACAACAUCGCCGACGGUAUACAGUUGAAGACCAGUUAUUAUAAUUAUGCAAACGUGUUAGUGAUUGUAAAUGAUAACACAUUUUCAAAGGGAAAUAAGACAUUCCGGUAUCAAAACGAAAACUACUAUCGAAAACGAACUUGGAACACCAUCAGGUUUAUGAAUAAUGUUAUCGAAGAAAAUGUGAUACCGUUAAGCAAUAGCAAUAAUGACGUUUUGAACGAGUUCAUCCUCGUUGACCAAGACGAACUCUUUAUUGAUAAAAACACGUUUGUAAGAAAUCGUGGAAGAUCAGCCUUUGCAAUAAAUACCGUUUAUUUGGGUCAUAUUAUUAAUAUGACCUUUACUGGCAAUACGUUUUUUGACAAUGAUUUCACUUUUACAACGGUUGAUGUUAGGUCACAGGCCAUAGCAAACAUCCACAGGAAUGUUUUUGAACAUUUCGGGCAACAGAUCUGUACAUUGCGAGCUCCGGCGUUUGAUAUAAACUACAAGAUGAACGCCACACACAAUUUCUGGGGAACUGACAACUUUACAAACAUAUCUGAAUCUGUCUGCGGUUACGAGAAAGACAUGGGAUUGAGUUUUGUGUCUUACAUUCCCUUCUACACCGAUGGUCGACUGAAAACAUUAAGCACGCCAGAUAAUUUCAACUCCGUGGUUAAUGGUGGCGAAAUAACGACAACGGUUACUUUAUCUACAAGGGACCACCCCAAACCGAUUCUUAUUUCUCGUUCAAUACUGAUCAGACCUAUGGGAUCAUUGUUUAUUGAGGAAGGUGUUACUUUACGGUUUGAAGAAAAGCGAGGAAUAUACGUUCAAGGUUCUUUGAAAUGCUCAGGAACCACUUUACCCGUAAGACUGGAGAGCAGCAGUUAUAGAUAUGCAUGGGUUGGACUGUUCGUUAACUCAACGUCCAUACUUGAGCAAGACAGAACCCGAUUAAUACACACUAUAAUAAAAGACACUCAAAAUGGAAUCGUUGCAUACACACAAAAUCUUGAAUUUACAAAGGGAACUAUUUCUAAUUCUGCUACCAACUGCUUAUUGCUGUAUCCAUCUAUUACGCGCCUUACUAUAUAUGACUUUGAGGGAGCAAUACUUGAAAAUUGCACACAGAAAGCAGUGUUUGUAAAUGGAAUUGGUAAAACGGCUUUGAUGAAUGUAAACAUAAAGAAUUCGAAGACAGGCAUAUAUGUAGCUGGAGCGGAGGGUUCGAUUGAUGUAAGGUCUUCCAAUAUAUCGCUGAUACAUGACGUCGGAGUUGAAAUACAGUUUACAUCAAGGUACGCUGCUGGGAAUGUAACAUUCGAAAACAACAUGAUAUCUAAGGCAUUUAGAGGACUAGUUAUAAACGUUAAAAAUGACAGAACGGUCAACACAAUCACGGUAUCACGAAACUCUAUUGAUGAUGCCCACAAGGAUGCUCUCUAUAUACGAUUUCCAACAUAUCGUUCAUAUUAUGUUUACGAUGGCCAAAGAUCAGUUGAAAUAGCACUAAAUACGUUUCACAAUUCGUGUGGGAUUUCGAUCGAAACAUGGAACAAUGCUAACCUGACUUUCAACAACAACAUUAUUAGAGAUGCUGUAAGUGUAGAUAGCGAAUGUCUUUUCAAAGGCCUUGCUCUUGGAGACGGACGGCACACUGGAACAAGAAGAUUUGAUAUAUCAACCAAUGCUUUUGAAAAUAUAACCGCAAAAUGUAUUGUUUAUCUCGAAGACGAUGACAAUGCGAAUUUGAAAGGGGAAUUUCUGUAUAAUCAGAUAACUGAGACACAUACAGCUGAAACCACAGUGUUAACCAGAGCUUACUUUAUAAACAUAUCUCAGAAUAUAUUUGAUAAUCCAUUAUCAGCAUUCGAUGUAAAGACCACGCUUGAGGGAUCACGCAUACUAAAUGCUACAGAAAACUGGUGGGGUAGUUCUGACGCAGCAAUAGCUUACAAUCGCAUAUAUGAUCAACGUCGUGACCCAGGACUGGUUUUCUUUGAUGUUGAUCCAGUCGUUACUACACUCACGUUAGAUUGCAGCAAUGUGAAUAACUGCUCCCAGAAAGGUGAAUGUGUGCGUCACCAAACAUGCAGAUGUUCUUCAGGCUGGACUGGUCCGUCUUGCACGGAAUAUGACUGCGUUGGUGUCAAUAACUGCUAUGGAAACGGUAAAUGCGUUGGUCCAAACGUUUGCGAGUGUAAUGAGGGAUGGAGCGGAUCACUUUGUAUAUUUGCAUCAUGCAAAAAUGUACUCGACUGUAGCGGGAGAGGGUUUUGCACCCAACCAGAUAUCUGCUCAUGCUCGCAGGCUUUCACUGGUGUCGACUGUGGUUCCUGUGUGCCGCUUCAUUGGGGUCCCGACUGCAGACCUUGUCCGGCUUGUGUACAUGGUUCAUGCAAUCUUAACUCAGGACAUUGCGACUGUGAGGACGACAACUGGAGCGGAUACCUCUGUGACAGGUGCAGUGAAGCAUUCUACGGUCCAGAUUGCCUUCCUUUAAUUAAAGUACUUGAUAUUGUGCCAAACCAAGGCCUUGACAAGGGCGGGAACUCGGUACAUGUUUGGGGUCACAAUUUUCCAGAAACAGCAAAUCACAUCUACUAUUGUAAAUUUGGAAUUACUAUUGCUAAUGGAACAUGGAUUGCAUGGAAUCACGUUGUUUGCGUUUCUCCACAAAAUACAGAGGGAUCAGUAAUGCUUGAGAUUUCACCGAACGGAUCUAAAUAUACACAUGACAAGUUAACAUUUAACUACUACGCCACAUGUCCACCGGGAUCCUGCGGCCGUGACCUUGAACCUUCACAUGGGCAGUGUUUGUUCGGUGGCUGCACAUGCUUCCUGCCAUGGGUUGGUGACACAUGUUCGAAAGAACUGUUGUCGCCCACCAUUUUUGACCAAGACCAUCAACAAACAGUCGAGGAGAGCAUGAAAUACUUUUUGCAGCUCAAUUUGAUGAAGGGCGACCCGCCAGUUCGAUGGUCAUUGUUAGAGGGACCACAGGGCAUGACAAUUGAUGAACGAACCGGAAUGAUAUCCUGGUUGACGCCCCUUGCACGCUCUCAGUCGUACCGAAUUCGCGCACGGGCUACAAAUACAAUCGGAAGCGAUACAAAAUCAUGGGAGUUAGCUGUUCCGUUCUCUUAUACAGCAGAAGUUGAGACUUCCGAACCUUCAGGAACUCUUGCGAGUCCGCGACCAGUGCAGAUACAGGGUCGAGUAUUAUUUUCAAGAGAGGACAACCACCGGAUGGUACCAGUUGAUUUAGAAGUAACCGAGGUGCAGACGGGUCGAAAAGUUGUUAUUCACGAAUGGUCCAACCCGUUUUCCCCGCAAUUCUUUUUAGCAACACACUUUCCACGAGCUGACGACGCUGGACAGUAUGUUGCAGUAGCGCGUCAUCCCGGCGCCAGCCGAAACCCCAACGCCAGUGUACACUGGUCUGUUUUGGGCAUUAGAUGUGAGCCGGCUUCUGUCAUUGUUGAUGAAAAAAUUCUAAAUGAAGACGGAUCAGUAGUUGUUCAGAACGUUUCAAGACUUGUGAAUAUAGGAAACUAUCCUAUCACCAACAUAUCAUCUAUGGUUGACGGCAUGCCAAAUGCAUUUGUGCGUCGAUAUACUAACUCUUCCUCAAACCUGAAUAUUGAAACUCUUCAACCUGGCGAGAGACUAUCGUUCGAUCUAGUUGUCAAAGAUGCUCGUCCGCUUUAUGGAACGAUAUUUGUUAAAUUCAGCACGCCGGAGCGAACAAGUACAAGACUACGAUUGUCUAUUCGUCUGACUAUUCUUAAACCAUUACUCACAUUUUUGCCAAAUUCUUUAAAUGAAAACAUCGUACAAGGUACCCAAAAGAUAUUUGAUGUUAGAAUCACCAACGAAGGAGAGGUAACAGCAUCUAAUGUUGUUUUAAGUCUCCCAAACGAUGCAAGGAUAUCGAUUGUCUCUUUUGCAAAUAUAAAUGCAACAACAGACGGUGUCGAAGGGGAAUCGUUGACAAUAAGUCCUGGGCAUUCUGCACAACUCACUCUCUCUGUUAUCAUUGGAGGAAAUGAAGCUCUUGGUGAAAUGUCUGGUGUCAUCUAUCUGAACUCAGACCUGACUUCAACACCACUGCGGUAUAGAUUCUACAUAACAUCAAUCCAGCAGUUUAACUUAACAUUUACAGUAAAGGAUGAAUACACGUAUUUCGCGGCAGAUUCACCCUUGGUGAGUAACGGAAAGGUCACGCUUGUCAACCCACGCCGAGGUUAUUUUGAAACUCGAUACACCACAAAUGAAACUGGUUUCGUCGUCUUUGAGAACAUAUACGAAGAUGUGUACACCCUUCGGGCCGAAGCGGAGGGUCAUGCCUACUACAGUGAAGUUAUUCUUGCCAGCGCCGACCAAACCCAGUUAGACAUCUUCCUUCAACGAAUCGCCGUCAAAUAUACGUGGUCAGUUGAGCCCACCACCGUACAAGACGUAUAUAUCAUUCAACUGGAGUCUACGUUUGAAACUAACGUGCCGAUGCCAGUAGUAACUAUCGAACCAGCUAAAGUCAACACCAUUCCGUACGAGCUGGAAGAACAGGAAAUAAUAAAUUUCAACAUUACAAACCACGGACUUAUAAGAGCGGAUAAUGUGAGGUUUACUGUGCCACAGAACCACCCUUAUCUGGACUUUGAACUGACUGUUGACGAUAUAGGAAGUGUCGCGGCAAAUACAUCGAUUAUUGUUCCUGUACGAGCCACAUUAAAGAAAAGAGUAAAGCGUAAUUUUGUAGCGGACUUUGUGUGUGGACUGGCAGUAUUGUAUGACUAUAUCUGCGGUGGAACUCAGACCCGUGGUUUGGAUGUGACGUUGACGAGGGAAUACCCAGGACGCCCACCGCUGCCUUGUGGACUUGGAGGUGGAGGUGGAAGUGGAGGUGGCGGUGGCGGUGGCGGAGGUGGUGUGUCGUACUCUGGAGGUAGUUCAGGAACAGGAAGCGGGUCCGCCGUUUCAUACAACCCCACAACUCCCCUGUCAUGUAACUGCGCGAAAACACUUAUUAAAAGCUGUGCCCUGGCGUUCCAUCCUAUUGCUGGCUGUGCUCUGGCGAUUUCCGAUCUAGCUUCCGCCGACAGCAUCCUUGAUGGUAUUGUUCCUGCUUUCGACACGACAAUGGCUUGCGUUUCCCCGUUCAUCUGCCCACUGUGUGGUCCCAUAUAUACCGCCGUAAGAUGUCUCAUUGAUGUUGUCCGCGAUUGUAACAGCGCAAGACGUCGCCGCGAAAUAAGUUCUUCCAUUGUGGACAACUUGAUGGAAACGGCGAAACCAGUCGACAAUUUUUUCAACAUAAUAGCUGAAGUUCUCGGAGACGAUGCAAUGUAUGAUUUGAACACAACCUGGUACCAGACGUUCAAGCAGACUUUGUCAGACGACAGUGAUCUGGGUAUUGGUUUGUCCAGUCCUGAGUUUGCCUCAAUCUUGAAUAAAAUCACAGAGGAAGCUUCGAAGGCCAUUUUGACGCGGUUUUUACACCGUUGGAAUAAUACAGCUGCUGCCUGGGUGAACGGAACGCUGUCGGAGUUGUCGGACACGAGCACCGUAAUCAACCUAUCUCGCCUGCAGCCCCACUUUGAACAGUACAGACUCGAUUUGGGGGCGGCCAAAAGCAAGGGAUUCAACUCCAUAUUCGAUGACUUUGACUAUGCAUCCAAUGCAUACAGGACAGCUGAAAAACAAGAGAGUCAAACAAGCGGAGGGGAGAAGAACGAUGGCGUAUGUGCACGUGUACGAGUCCGGAUCAUUCAGGAGCUUGUCCUAACGAGAGACGCUUUCAACGCUCGUCUCGAAAUUGAGAACGGGGAAAGUUCGGACUUGGAACGUAUACACGUCGAGAUUGAGAUACGACAGACAUACGGAACUGGAGAGCUGCUGAUUGACAACUUUUCUAUUGGCUCGCCGACGUUGGUCGGUAUCACAGAUGUGGACGGAACAGGCCGGCUGUCCAAAGACAUGUCGGGGUCCGCGGAAUGGCUCAUCAUCCCUUACUCUAGCGCCGCCCCUGAGGACGAUAUACAGUACGACAUUGGGGGAAGACUCUCGUACAGCGUCGGCGGCUCGGAUUUUUCUGUUCCGCUUCUCCCGGACACAAUAACGGUGAAGCCGAAUCCCAGUCUGAUUGUUCACUAUUUCCACGAGAAGUACGUAAGGGGCGAUGACCCCCUUACUCCGGAGACUGAACCCAUUGUACCAUUUAGUCUAGCUGUGAUGGUCAUGAACAAUGGCUUUGGCGUAGCAAGAGCGUUGAAAAUAACGUCAGGUCAACCAGAGAUAAUAGAAAAUGAGAAGGGAUUGCUGAUAACGUUUAAAAUCAUUGGAGCGCAGUUAGGUGACAAGUCAAUUACAUCAUCGUUGACAGUUGACUUUGGUGACAUUUCGUCGAUGACAACUAAAACAGCCAGAUGGCUACUUACAACCACCCUAAUGGGAACGUUUUACAACUUUACUGCAACAUUCGAAAACAUCAACCCCCUCGGAGACCCGCAGUUGUCCCUGAUGGACGAACUCGGGUAUCAUGAACUGAUUCAUUUGGUGCGGAUUGAGAAUGUUCAUAAGGAUGAUGGCCUGGAUGACUUUUUGGUCAAUGACCUUGCAGAUGAGGAUGGUAUACCUGACCGCCUAUACAACAGUAAUGACGGGGAAGAUGUGGCUGAAGUGGAAAAGGCGAAUGCUACUGACUACAGUGUUAAAGAGUUUGUACGGUCUGGGACAAAAAUAUACCGAAAUUUAACAUUUAGCGUUCAAGCAAAUGCGUCGGUUUAUUUUUAUUUGAGAUUUGAAAACACGUUCUCAGACAGCCCAUUAUUGUAUGCAGAAAUCAGUAAAGAAAAACGAGCGCUUUUAGUAGACAAAAAUGUAUGGCUCACAUCACAUAUACUUGACAUGGAAUUGAUUCAUUUAUUAGAUAUUGUAGAAAUCAACACAACAGAUGUGGUGUCUUCUAAUUAUACAUUGACGUUCGGUCCCCGUAAUAUGUAUGCACCACGUUUCAACAGUUCUGUUUAUUCGACAACUAUAUCUAGACGACUCUCAAAGGGAACCGCAAUUGUAACUAUUCAUGCUUAUGAUAUUGACAAAGAUGACUUUGAUAUGUAUAUUGACACAUACAACGUCAGUAGUUUUGUGAUUGAAAAAAUAAGUCAGACAAGCUAUGAACUAAAAAUAGCAGAUGAACUGGUUACAGGGUUUUAUACUAUCCCAGUAGUUGUGCGUGACCAUGGCAUACCCGCCUUGGUAUCGGCGAUGAAUGCAUCGAUCGAGGUGAACGACGCUGAUGUGACGGGAACUACACAUGUGCGUUCUAGUACCACUACGUUAUCCUCUGACCUCACGAAAUCUACGUCAUUCACCAGUAACACGCCUGAAAUGACAUCAAACGUUUUAAAUCAGUCUUCAACGACGGCAGCACCAAUGACAGUUUCUACAACCGCAAAUUCAAACACAACAGGUUCGACGAUUGAAACAACAGCUGUGCAAUCUAUGUCAACGGCAAAUCAUUCAGCUGUUGCAAACGUUACAUCAGCGACAACUUCGUCGACGAAUUCACAGAUGACAGUUUCUUCUACCCCAAGUACACACACAACAGGUUCGACAUUAAAAACAUCAGCUGUACAAUCUACAUCAACGGACAAUCAUUCAUCUUUCACAAACGUAACCUCAGCGAUAACUUCGUCUAGUGUCACAUCAACUGUUUCCGAUUCCUCCAAAGGAUCAAUUUCACCAACAAUAAAGAUCAUCACUUCACCCGUUACCAAGACAACCGAAGAAACGGACGUGGGAGAGUCGGAAGAACUUGCCACGUGGGUUAUCCCCACAGCUAUUGGUGGAGCUGUUUUUGUUGUAAUUGUUCUAUUCAUAAUCGUGUUUGCUUAUACCCUUAGAAAGAAAUCUGAUCAUGGAGACUACAGAAUGUAAAAAUAAAGGAAGAACAUGUGAGCCCAUAAGUCGAAAUUUGUAUUUACCAUUUGUAAGGAAAGAACAUACGUACUAUUAACUUCAUUUUUGUAUCCAUCCUUCGUCAAGGAAAGAACAUGCGUACUAUUAACUUCAUCUUUGUAUUCAUCCUUCGUAAAGGAAAGAACAUGCGUACUAUUAACUUCAUCUUUGUAUUCAUCCUUCGUCAAGGAAAGAACAUGCGUACUAUUAACUUCAUCUUUGUAUUCAUCCUUCGUAAAGGAAAGAACAUGCGUACUAUUAACUUCAUCUUUGUAUUCAUCCUUCGUCAAGGAAAGAACAUGCGUACUAUUAACUUCAUCUUUGUAUCCAUCCUUCGUAAAGGAAAGAACAUGCGUACUAUUAACUUCAUCUUUGUAUUCAUCCUUCGUAAAGGAAAGAACAUGCGUACUAUUAACUUCAUCUUUGUAUUCAUCCUUCGUAAAGGAAAGAACAUGCGUACGAUUAACUUCAUCUUUGUAUUCAUCCUACGUGCCAUUAGGUCCACGUUUUGAUUUCAUUCUUGGACUCGUGAACACGAACGUGAGAGUUACCAGCUCCUUGUUUGUAUUCGUCCCUCGUGAAAGUGUUUGUAAAUAAAUGCUGUGUUUAUUACUUAUGAUACAGUUUUAAAAAACACAAUGUGGAAUUUAUUUUUAAAGUAUUAAACAGAAACAUAUUAAAUAGUUGUUUUUCUUCAC